CUAAUGAAAUGAAACCAGCUAAUAAUAUCUCCUGCUACCUGUCAGGCCCUAAAUUAAGCAUUUCAAUGCAUAGAUUGACUAAUUCAACUCCCCUGACAACCCUAAAAAGUAGGUGGUAGUAUUAUCUCCAGUUUACAGAUAGGGAAACCAUUUGAGAGGUUCACUAUCUUGGCCAAAUUAAUAAGUGAUGAAAGCAAGACUGGAAGUAUGACUUGAUUCUAAAGACUGAACAAGUAACCACUACGUUACACAGCCACACCAAUUUCUACACCUUUGACACACACCUUGCCAGCCAAAGUGACUCCACUUAACAUCAAAAGAUUUGGGGAGUUUGAUUAUUUUUAUUUCCCAUAUAAAAGAUAAGGUUCCACAUGCUUAUGUAAAUUACACAGCUUCUCUCACCACCUCACCUGGACUUGUCUGGGUAUGGACCCUUGAGCCCAAGUUUCAAGGUCAGGGUCCUGAAAACUUGAAUUACAGGAAGAAACAGGAAGUCAGGCCAUUAGUGCUAUAUAAGAUGGAGGAACUGGGUUCUGGUUGGGUAGGAGGGGCUGAAUGCUCCAGUGGUCAUGGCUUGUCUUUUUAGUCUGUUCCACCAUGAGAUCAGAAAAUGUGGUUAGGGAAUGGUAGUUACUAGAGGGCAGAGGAAAAGGUUUCUCUACUCCACCGAAGAAGGGGCAGGGGGUUCCCUGAAUGAGCUCACAGCUGCCCUUCCUCUCCCCGGUAUUUUGUCUCCGUGACCUGUAGUUUUCCUGUUAGUGGGAACAGAAAUGUCAGAAAGGAGUUCCCAUUACAGAAAUGAAGGCCAAGAGUCCAACAGCCCACACUCCCCUUGUCUCUUCCCUUAGCCCUUUGAACCCCGCAGGGAUCCAGGCAUCUAGAUUAUAGCGGCCACAGGCGCUUGGCCGGGUAAUUUGGUUUUAGUCUCAUUUCGUAAUUCCUCAGUUCGCCCCCUCCGGUCCUUGCAACUCCUGGGCCCUUCAUUAAGCAAGUGUGUUUUCCUUUCCUGAACCACUUUAUCCACUACCAACUCCUCUGGACUCCUUACGCGAGGGUCAUGACGCUGAUACCUGGACAAACUAGUCGGCUAAGCGGACAAGAAACGGAAAACACCUACAGUUAGGGUCCUGCGUCUCGUGCGGCUAAUCUAGUCGGCCUCUUUACGCAUGCGUCCCACUCACUACCCAAGUCCAGAACAAAGCUUUAAAUCCCGCCCUGUUUUUCUAGCUCCACCCCCUGUUCAGCCGUCCCGCGUCCUCAUUGGAGAGCUAUGGGCUAGGAUGGCCAGGUGCUGCCACUUGCAAAGAUAAAAUAGAUAAUCCACGAGAAGCCUAGCGCGCCUCAGGGGUGGGGCUCAAACUCAGUGCCUCCCCCUGGCUCCUACACCAAACGUUGGCUCCGCCCCGGACCCGUACAGCCGAGGCCUAGAUUCUCUACUCGCUGCCAGCGGAGCCACACCUCCGGACGCCGAUCGCCGGGGCCAGCACGGAACUGCUCUCCCCACCUAUAUCGACCCUUAGGGGAAAGGCGCAGGCGCCUCACGCAGCCUCUCUGCAGCUUUCAAGCCCUGAUGGCGCGUAGGGCAGAGCCCCCCGACGGGGGCUGGGGAUGGAUGGUGGUGCUCUCAGCCUUCUUCCAGUCGGCGCUGGUGUUCGGGGUGCUCCGCUCCUUCGGGGUCUUCUUCGUGGAGUUCGUGGCGGCGUUUGAAGAGCAAGCAGCACGCGUCUCCUGGAUCGCCUCUAUAGGAAUCGCGGUGCAGCAAUUUGGGAGCCCAGUGGGCAGUGCCCUGAGCACGAAGUUCGGGCCCAGGCCCGUGGUGAUGGCUGGGGGCAUCUUGGCUGCAUUGGGAAUGCUGCUUGCCUCCUUUGCUACCUCCUUGACCCACCUAUACCUGAGUAUUGGGCUGCUCUCAGGCUCUGGCUGGGCCUUGACCUUCACUCCAACCCUGGCCUGCUUGUCCCGUUACUUCUCUCACCGGCGAUCCCUGGCCACUGGUCUGGCACUGACUGGUGUGGGCCUCUCCUCCUUUGCCUUUGCUCCACUCUUCCAAUGGCUGCUCAGCCAGUAUGCCUGGCGGGGGGCCCUGCUGCUGGUGUCUGCCCUCUCCCUCCACUUGGUGGCCUGUGGUGCUCUCCUCCGUCCACUAUUCCUGACUGAGGACCCUGCUAUAGGUGGCGCUGGGGCCCAGCUUGUCUCCCUCCUCCAUCACAGCCCCUUCCUCCGUUAUGCUGUUGCCCUCACCCUGAUCAACACUGGCUACUUCAUUCCCUAUGUGCACCUGGUGGCCCAUCUCCAGGACCUGGGUUGGGACCCACUGCCUGCUGCCUUCCUACUCUCAGUGGUGGCUAUUUCUGACCUCGUGGGGCGUGUAGCUUCUGGGUGGCUAGGAGAUGUAGUUCCAGGGCCUGUGGCACGACUCCUGAUGCUCUGGACUACCCUGAGUGGGGUGUCACUGAUCCUUUUCCCUGUGGCUCAGGCUCCCACAGCUUUGGUGGCUCUGGCUGUGGCCUAUGGCUUCACAUCAGGGGCCCUGACCCCAGUAGCCUUCUCCGUGCUGCCUGAACUGGUGGGGACUGGAAGGAUAUACUGUGGCCUGGGACUGUUGCAGAUGGUAGAGAGCAUCGGGGGGCUGCUGGGGGCUCCUUUGGCAGGCUACCUCCGGGAUGUGACAGGCAACUAUAUUGCUUCUUUCGUGGUGGCCGGGGCCUUCCUGCUGGCAGGAAGUGGAGUUCUGGUCACUCUGCCCUACUUCUGCUUCUCAGCUCCUACCUCCAAGCCUCACGACCUUGUGAUAGAGGCACUGGAUACCAAAGUCCCCCUGCCCAAAGAAGGGCUGGAAGAGGACUGAGAUCCAAAAAAGGGGCUCUCAGACCCAGAAAGCCAAAUGUUGACAGCUCCAGGUCUUCUCCUCUUGCCCCAUCUUGGCUCUGACAGAAUCACAGUGCCUUAAGCAUCUUGAUCUGCCUCCCCCAGAGCAGGCUGGAGCUCCUGCAAUGUGUGGGCCAACCUUAUGUGUUUUUUGAGGACUCUUGUCUCUUCUUUGCUUCCAUAACGUUUUCAGAGGGAUCCAGGAGUUCAACAUGCCCUGCUGAGCUGUGAGUCAACAGUGAAAAUCAAAGGCUGAGAGACUUACCAUGUUUCACGUGUGAUCUCCUGGGUUGCCUACUAAGUUUCUUCUCUGAAGACAUGUUUGGCAAAGAGGGAUGCGCCUUUGAGAUAAAACUGAGUAAGAGAACUGGAUAAUAAUCAGAACUUCAAAAAGGGCUGGGGCCCAUGUGCUUGGAUUGGCUGAAUGGGAUCAUGUCUGAGGAGUGGAGCAAGUGUCCAGGAGCUUUGGUGACCCAAAACAUUUUAACCCUGGAGUCUUCUCUCUGGACCACAGUUUUUCCCACCUGUGCACAGACCUCCCUCUUUCCCACUAUUCCCUGUGACUUAGAAAAGAAAUUAAGAGAAUGGGGGACACGGGGUGGGGGGCAGUGUAGUGUGGGAGUGGGAGCUAAAGCUGAGAGAGCUGAAGUGUGGGGUCUAGAAUUCUUGUAUUUCACUCAGGCCUGUAGAAGGAGAUUGAAAGAGUUAUCUGGAAGGUCUGGGUACUGGGAGUGAAGCAAAUGAUCCUGGGGCAGAAGGCACCCAGGAGACCCCCUUCCAAACAGACUAUAGGGAACAGGCAGUUGACUCUUUGAAGAGUCCCUGUGAUGACCUGAUAACCGGCAACAACUUGGGCAAAGAGAAAUGGACUAGUUGAACAGACAGACACCUUUCUUUUCCCCCAGGGCUUAGUGGGAUUCUGUUCCUUUCAACCAGCGUUUUUGGAUGUCUUAAAUAGCAUGUUUUCAGCAUCCUAGAUUGGCUAACAGUGGGAGCUUGCAGGGAAAAUCAGAUAGAAAUUCUUUAUUGGGGAGAGGCUCGAACAAGAAAAUGGUCAACAAGUGGUGUCCAGACUGGAGUGAGGGCCUCCGGAGGGGAGCAAGGCAACCUGAGGAACUGGAAGCAGCUCCCCCAUCUCAGGUGGAGGGGUGGCUGGAGGUGAGGCUGGCCGGCAGGAUGGCAGUGCCCGGGGCAGCCCCAUGUAGAUGAAGCUGCCCAAGAGGAUGAAAGAGCCGCACACGAGGAAGGAGGCAGUGAAGUCUCCUGUCUCAUCCCUUAGGAACCCUAAGAGGAAGGGACAAGGAAUUUAGAGGCCUCAAACCCCAGGGGCAGAGGAUGGUUGCUAGUGAAUCUGCAGGCUUAGGCCUUACCUGACAGGGGAGGGCCCAGAAGCCCCCCGAGGCUCAUCAGCAUCAUCACCAGCCCUGUGGCCUGUACAACACCUCCGAUGCCCACUAGCCCUGGGAGCACACCGAAAACCAGUGGGGCGUAACUUCCUGCGCUCAGCCCAUAGGCUCCAGCCGCGGCUAGCAGGGCCCCCUCCCAGCCCUCCUCACUCCCCACUACAGGCACCAGUCCCACUGCCAGCAGCCCCAACCCGGUCAGAGCCGCAAAAACCAUCAGCAGCCGCGGGAGGGGCGCCCAGCCCUGGUCUGCCAGCCACCCGCAGACCAGCCGGGCGCCCGCAUCCCCCACUGCGGCCACUGCCACCACCAGCG